UUCAGGAGUUACUCGUUGCGCGUGUUUACUUCCGGCGCAGACCGGAAGCAGGGUUUCUGGAGGUGACCGAAUGGCAGUGUGCAGAAUUGGUUUUAUUUCUCCAUUAUAAGCGAUAUUAUUAUUGUCAGUGGCUGGACGUUGAACAGUUUUCACGGUCAGUGGUGAUAUUCUGCGUUCAGAAUGGGGUCACACCUCGUGCGGAGCUACAUCACGGAGAGAGACGCGACGCCCGACCCGAGGAAGCCGUCUGCGUACGACCCUCACCUGGGCUUCCCUGAGCGCAGAGAGAGAGAAAUGGUGGCGACGCAGGAGCAGAUGAACCUGGCCAUGCUGCCGGUGGAGCAGCGCGAUUACUGCGCACACUACCUGCUCAAACUCCUCAAGUGCAAGAGAGACAAUUUCCCCAACUUCCUAGCCUGCAAACACGAGAGGCACGACUGGGACUACUGUGAACAUCAGGAGUAAGAAAUGCUGCUUGAGCCAGCACUCAUUC